CAACUUGCUCAACUGAAACUUCGUAAAACACAGGGAAAAUAUGUGCUACUUUGCUAAAAUGAUUUAAAGUGCAUGGUGCUGCCGAGGUCCCCCCAUGUCUGACGCGGGAGAGGAAAGCGAAGGCGGCAGGAGAGCACAUCUGUCGGAGUCUUCCUCGCCGCCUCUAUCUGUUGGUCUUCCCCGAGAGUCUCCUUCUUCGCGGCCCCUGGACCUCUUCUCCUCAGCUUCUCCGCUGCUUGGGGAAUCGGACCCGCCUUUUCUCUCCUCCUCGGAGUGUCUGCACACCUCUCCAGGGGGCCGGGAUCUCGGGGGUUCCACACAUUUCACGCCGCCAAAGUUCCGCCAACCUGACUUGGACACCGGUGGUAUAUCACGGUCACGGCCGGAUUUGCGGACAGAUGUCGAAUAUGAAGAGCACGAUGUCCAGCUUCCCAUGUGGAGAGGACGAGGCGCGGAGAGCACUGAGCGCCUUCAGCACCGCGGACAGCGACUCCACAGGGCUCCGGAGCUGCCGGACCUCGGGAACCACUUCUCUGCUGAGCACAUAGACACCGAGUUCAGCUCAGAUACCCGGCAAUCGGUAGAAGCCAUGCAUCGCCGGCACACCACACUGAGGGAAAAGGGGCGUCGCCAGGCAGUGCGGGGUCCUGCCUACAUGUUCAAUGAGCGCGGCUCUGCUCUCACUGCAGAAGAGGAACGGUUUCUGGAUGCUGCAGAAUAUGGAAACAUUCCUGUGGUGCGCAAAAUGCUGGAAGAGUCCAAAACACUGAACUUCAAUUGUGUGGACUACAUGGGCCAGAAUGCUUUACAGCUGGCAGUAGGCAAUGAACACCUGGAAGUUACUGAACUGCUGCUGAAAAAAGAUGGGUUGGCUCGGAUCGGGGACGGCCUGCUCUUGGCCAUUUCCAAAGGUUAUGUCAGAAUAGUGGAGGCCAUUCUCGGCCAUCCUGCUUUUGGUGGAGGUCUCCGUCUGGCUUUGAGUCCUCUGGAGCAAGAGAUGCGCGAUGAUGACUUUUACGCAUAUGACGAGGAUGGAACUCGUUUCUCGCAUGAUAUCACACCCAUCAUUUUGGCAGCUCACUGCCAGGAGUAUGAAAUUGUUCACAUACUUCUGACGAAGGGGGCGCGUAUAGAAAGGCCCCAUGACUACUUCUGCAAAUGCUUGGAAUGUAUGGAGAAACAGAAGAAGGACUCCUUUAGUCACUCACGCUCCAGAAUGAAUGCAUACAAGGGCCUGGCCAGUGCAGCCUACCUGUCACUCAGCAGUGAGGACCCUGUCCUAACAGCCCUUGAGCUCAGCAAUGAACUGGCAAGACUCGCCAACAUCGAAACUGAGUUUAAGAAUGACUACCGUAAGUUGUCCAUGCAGUGUAAAGACUUUGUGGUGGGUGUGCUGGAUCUUUGUCGAGACACAGAAGAAGUUGAAGCUAUUCUGAACGGUGAUGUGGAUCAGUGCCCACCAAGCCCCUACAACCGACCCUGCCUCAGCCGCGUCAAGUUGGCCAUCAAAUAUGAAGUUAAAAAGUUUGUUGCCCAUCCCAACUGCCAACAGCAGCUGCUGACCAUUUGGUAUGAAAAUCUUCCUGGCCUGAGGCAGCAGUCCAUCGGUGUGAAGUGCUGGACAGUCCUGGGGGUAACCGUGGGUCUGCCUUUCCUGGCUAUCGCCUACUGGAUAAUGCCAUGUAGCAAGCUUGGUCAGAUUCUGCGCAGUCCUUUCAUGAAAUUCGUGGCUCAUGCUGUCUCCUUCACCCUCUUCCUUGGCCUGCUGGUGGUCAAUGCUUCAGACCGCUUUGAGGGGGUCAAGAACCUGCCAAACGAAACCAUCACAGAUCACCCACGACAGGUGUUCAGGGUCAAAACCACCCAGUUCUCAUGGACAGAGAUGUUGAUCAUGAAGUGGGUGUUGGGUAUGAUUUGGUCAGAAUGUAAGGAGAUUUGGAGUGACGGACCCAGGGAAUAUAUCAUGCACCUCUGGAAUGUUCUGGACUUUGGCAUGUUGUCCAUCUUUGUGGCGUCCUUCACGGCACGCCUCAUGGCCUUCCUGAAGGCAUCCAAAGCACAGCAGUAUGUGGAUAUGCAUGUUCCAGAUGAAGACCUCAGCAAUGCCUCUCUGCCUGAUGAAGUGGCUUAUUUCACUUACGCGAGGAACAAGUGGCGCCCCUCUGACCCUCAGAUCAUCUCUGAGGGUUUGUACGCCAUUGCUGUGGUUCUGAGUUUCUCACGCAUUGCCUACAUCUUACCAGCCAAUGAGAGCUUUGGCCCAUUGCAGAUCUCUCUGGGACGGACGGUCAAAGACAUCUUUAAAUUCAUGGUCAUCUUCAUUAUGGUGUUUGUGGCCUUCAUGAUUGGAAUGUUCAACCUCUACUCUUACUACCUUGGGGCCAAAUACAAUCCUGCCUUUACCACGGUGGAGGAGAGCUUCAAGACUCUUUUCUGGUCCAUAUUCGGGCUUUCUGAAGUGAUCUCUGUGGUCCUGAAAUACGACCAUAAGUUUAUAGAGAACAUCGGCUACGUGCUCUAUGGCGUCUAUAAUGUCACCAUGGUGGUGGUUCUCCUCAACAUGCUCAUUGCCAUGAUAAACAGCUCGUACCAGGAGAUAGAGGAGGAUUCAGACGUGGAGUGGAAGUUUGCCCGUGCCAAGCUGUGGCUGUCCUACUUCGAUGAGGGUCGAACUCUACCUGCCCCAUUUAACCUGGUUCCCAGCCCUAAAUCCUUCUACUACCUGGUCCUUCGCAUCAAAUCAUGCCUGAUACGCCUGUGUAAGGCCAAUGGCAGGCACCAUAGCAAUGAGGUGGAGAUGGGAAUGGUUCAUUCACAGGCCAAGGAUGAAAGGUUUAGGUCUUAUGCACGGCCAGGCGAGGAGUUUAUACAGAGAAAAGCUCGGAAACACCCAACCAGAUAUCAGAAUAUCAUGAAGCGGCUCAUUAAACGUUAUGUGCUGAAAGCUCAAGUGGACAAAGAAAGCGAUGAAGUGAACGAGGGAGAGCUGAAGGAGAUCAAGCAAGACAUUUCUAGCCUCCGCUAUGAGCUGCUGGAGGAGAAGUCUGAGGCCGCUGGGGAGCUGGCUCUGCUCAUUCAGCAACUCGGCGACAAGUUUGGCAAAAACACCAUGAGACACUGACAGGCCUUGCAAGAGGGGGAGGGAGGAAGGAGGGUAAACGGAGAACAAGGUUGUCGGAGAAAG